AUGGAGCAAACAGACUGCAAACCUUAUCAACCACUGUCAAAAGUCAAGCAUGAAAUGGAUCUAGCUUAUACCAGUUCUUCGGAUGAGAGUGAGGAUGGAAGAAAACCAAGACAGUCAUACAACUCCAGAGAAACUCUGCAUGAGUAUAACCAAGAGCUGAGGAUGAAUUACAAUAGCCAGAAUAGGAAGAGGAAGGAGGUAGAAAAAUCUACUCAAGAGAUGGAAUUCUGUGAAACCCCUCACACUUUGUGCUCUGGCUACCAGACAGACAUGCACAGUGUUUCUCGGCAUGGCUACCAGCUAGAGAUGGGAUCUGAUGUGGACACAGAGACUGAAGGUGCAGCCUCACCUGAUCAUGCACUGAGAAUGUGGAUAAGAGGAAUGAAAUCAGAGCAUAGCUCCUGUUUGUCCAGCCGGGCCAACUCUGCUUUGUCCUUGACUGACACUGACCACGAAAGGAAGUCUGAUGGGGAAAAUGGUUUCAAAUUCUCUCCAGUUUGUUGUGACAUGGAGGCUCAAGCUGGGUCUACUCAAG